GGAGCCAGCACACGUGACUGUAGAGGCGGGGGAGUAGCCCUGGCAACCAAUGGAGAAGCGCCGCCUCUGGCCAGCCAAUCAGGAGCCUGGCUGCUGGGAUGCCCUGCUCCGUAGCGGACAACCUCGGCAGGUUGCGGACUAGCAGCUCUCCUUGCGCCAACAUGCCGUUCAUUGAGCUGGACACGAACUUGCCCGCAGGCCGCUUGCCCGCGGGGCUGGACAAACGGCUCUGCGCAGCCGCCGCGGCCAUCCUUGGGCAAUCCCGAAGACGCAUGACCCUGACCUGGCUGACCUCCACGGACCCUGGGCGCUCGGACCCCAACGUCGAGGCUCUCAGAUGGCGGCUGCCUGACGCCAGCCCCGCCUGGCCAGCUUCAGGAUUUAAC